CGGCCGAGUUGAGCCUCUGACGACAGGAUUGCAUUGCAGCCAUUGCAUUGUUUUGCAUUCUUUUUGUUUGGACGGCUACUUUGGCCACGACGACAGAGAAGGUUAUAAAUAAGUGAGCUUGUAUUUUGUACUGCGAUUUCUUCGCGACUCUGCGACUUUGCGACUGUGCGACUUCUGCGAUAGUUGGGCGGGUUGACGACCGACAGGCCGGCAGGCAGCAAGAAGUCAAUAUUAGCUUUCCACCCACCAAGGACGAUACAGCACUCUACGACUGAAUCAAUAAGGAGGGCAAAACAGAGAAACACUGCAUUUUAUUCGAGCGGACCAUUUCGAAGAAGGAAGGCCAUUGCAGCUGGAAAGUCAUUCCACUCAGGUCUCGAAUUGAACCAGAAUACCUACAUUCCCACAUACACGCAAAGGGCAAAACACCUGCCUGUACCCGGCACCGAGCUCUCACUCUGGCACACCGGCAGCCAGCACCCAAAUGCCAUAAUGUCGACCCAACGAAUCCUCUCCACCGGCUCCAUAACCGGAUUCCAUACUCGACCCAACGCCUCCUCACUCUUCCCCUCCUCUGAGAACGUCCUCGACUAUGGCAGCCACUACCUCUCCUCCUCCCCCUCUACAGCCAACCACCAGCCCUUUUGCGGCAACAGCGAAGGCUGGGGUCCGCUGAGCCCGCACAGAUAUGAUUUCACGCCGUGCUUUAUGGACGUGUGGGUUUCGAGCGUGGCGGUUUAUGGGAUUCUGUUUGGGUUGGUGGCCGUGUGGUGGUUGGUGAGGAGGAAGACGAGGGCGCAGGUGCUGAAGGAUUGGCAUUUUUGGGUUAAGCAGGUCCUUAUAAUUGCAAUUGGCAUCUGCGUAUCCCUCCAGCUACUUUUCCAAGUCCUCAAUUAUCCGGAUGUAUGGGCAGGAGACUUCCGGUUCUGGACAAGCAUAUUGACAAUUUUAUCUCUGGGCGUUAUAUUCACAAUUCAAUGGCUCGAGCACGAUAGGUUACGGAAUCCUAAUGGCGUUGUACUAUUCUACUGGCUCUUCCUCCUGAUCGCCUGGUCCGUCAAGCUACGGUCCCUCGUCUCCCAACAAGUCUACCACCAUCACCUACCAUAUUUCGUCGCAUACUGUGUCGGUUUCGGACUGUCCUGGGUCGAAUUCGCGCUGGAAUGGUUGGUUGAGAAGAAGACGAGCGACUACCAUGCCAUUGGAGAUGACGAGGAGUGUCCUGUUGAAUACGCCACUGUUUUCUCCAUCUUGACUUUCAGCUGGAUGACGCCUAUGAUGCGCUACGGUUACAAGAAAUUCCUUACUGAAGACGAUCUCUGGAAUCUGGCAAAACGAGACACCACGAAAGCAACUGGUACGGUAUUCCAGGAAGCAUGGGACUAUGAGCUCGAGCAUAAGAAGAACCCCAGUCUCUGGAUCGCCCUCUUCCAUUCCUUCUCCGGCCCGUACUUCAGAGGUUCGCUGUUCAAAACUGUCUCUGAUACCCUGGCUUUUAUCCAACCGCAAUUGCUGAGAUUGUUGAUCAAAUUCGUUGCCUCGUACAAGAAGAGCAAUCCAAAUCCACCGGAACCGCCCAUCAGAGGUGUAGCCAUCGCGCUCGCCAUGUUUGCCGUCUCAGUUGGUCAAACUAUGGCUUUACACCAGUAUUUCCAACGAGCUUUCGAGACAGGAAUGCGUAUCAAGACCGCUCUGACAGCAGCCAUCUAUGGCAAAUCAUUGAAACUGUCCAAUGAAGGUCGAGCCUCGAAAUCUACUGGUGAUAUCGUCAAUUAUAUGGCGGUUGAUACGCAGAGAUUGCAGGAUUUGACGCAGUAUGGCCAACAGCUUUGGAGUGCGCCGUAUCAGAUUAUUCUGUGUAUGGCUAGUUUGUAUCAACUUGUGGGAUUGAGCAUGCUGGCUGGUGUGGGCGCGAUGAUUCUUAUGAUUCCGAUUAAUGGGCUGAUUGCGAGGUUGAUGAAGACUUUGCAGAAGGAGCAGAUGAAGAAUAAGGAUCAAAGAACAAGACUCAUUGCCGAGAUCAUCAACAACAUGAAGAGUAUCAAACUGUAUGCUUGGGGCAGUGCUUUCAUGCAGAAACUCAACUAUGUACGAAACGACCUGGAGCUCAAGACCCUCAGAAAGAUUGGUGCUGCUCAAUCUGUGGCCAAUUUCACUUGGUCCACCACUCCUUUCCUGGUCUCUUGCUCGACUUUUACCGUCUUCGUCUUGACUCAAGAUACACCAUUGACCACCGACAUUGUGUUCCCAGCUUUGACGCUUUUCAACCUUCUUACUUUCCCUCUGGCAAUCUUACCUAUGGUCAUCACAUCCAUCAUCGAAGCUUCCGUUGCAAUUGGACGAUUGACUGCUUUCUUCACUGCCGAGGAACUUCAACCUGACGCCGUUAUCCUCAAAGGUCCCGUUGACGAGAAUGGCGAAGAGUCACUGAAGAUUCGCGAUGGGACGUUCUCUUGGGACAGACAUUCCGGGAAGAAUGCUUUGGAAGAUAUCAACUUCACUGCUUCCAAAGGCGAGCUUACCUGCAUCGUUGGAAGAGUUGGAGCUGGAAAGUCUUCCUUCUUACAGGCUCUCCUUGGAGAUUUGUGGAAGGUUCAAGGUACCGUCACUGUCCACGGACAGACCGCGUAUGUGGCUCAGCAAGCUUGGGUCAUGAAUGCCAGUGUCAAGGAGAACAUCUGCUUUGGCCACAAGUUCGAUCCUGUCUUCUACGAUAAGUGUAUCAAGGCUUGUGCAUUGACUGAGGAUUUUGCGCAGCUGCCUGAUGGUGACGAGACUGAAGUUGGGGAACGCGGAAUCUCACUUUCUGGAGGUCAGAAGGCUCGAUUGACUCUCGCGCGAGCUGUGUAUGCCAGAGCUGAUAUCUAUCUACUUGACGACUGUCUAUCAGCUGUUGAUCAACACGUUGGAAGACAUCUGAUUGAGAAUGUUUUGGGACCGAACGGAUUGCUCAGUGGAAAGACGAGAGUCUUAGCCACCAACUCCAUUCCCGUUUUGAUGGAGGCCGAUUUUAUUUGCCUCAUCAGAGAGGGAAGAAUCACUGAGCGUGGAACUUACAAUCAAGUCAUGGCCAUGAAGGGAGAUAUCGCAAACCUGAUCAAGACAAAUAGCAACAAUCAAGAUACUGAGUCAGAGACAACUUCCAGCACUUCUUCGACAAUCAUUGAUGUGGAACAAACAGACAAGGAUGAGAAGGAAGAUGAGAUCGAAGAGGCUCAAGAACGUUUGACUCAGCUUCAACCUAUCCGACCAGGAGGAGGCUCUGGAGUUAAGAAGAGGAAAGGAAGUGCGGGAACUCUGAGACGGGCAAGCACAGCAAGUUUCAAGGGUGCUCGGGGCAAAGUUCGAGAUGAAGAAGAGGGGCAUAAAGGCAAGAACAAGGAGUUCUUUGAGCAGGGGAGGGUCAAAUGGGACGUUUACGCCGAAUAUGCAAAGACGAGCAAUUUGUUUGCGGUAGCUAUCUAUGGUCUGAUGCUGGUAGGCGGACAAACAGCACAAGUCGCUGGAAAUGUUUGGCUGAAGAAAUGGGCCGACAUGAAUAGUGCCACAGGCAAGAAUCCAGACGUCGGCAAGUAUAUCGGGGUGUACUUUGCCUUCGGCAUUGGUGGUGCUCUACUUGUCGUUAUCCAAACCUUGAUCCUUUGGAUCUUCUGUUCUAUCGAGGCAUCACGGAAACUUCACGAGAGGAUGGCUUUUGCCAUUUUCAGGUCGCCGAUGAGCUUCUUCGAGACAACCCCGGCUGGGCGUAUUCUCAACAGAUUCUCAAGCGAUAUUUACCGGGUAGACGAAGUCCUUGCACGCACGUUUAAUAUGUUAUUCGUGAACAGUGCCCGCGCAAUAUUCACAUUGGCCGUUAUCUCCACGACUACCCCUGCGUUCAUUGCCCUCAUUAUUCCCUUGGCGGCAGUGUAUUACUGGGUUCAAAGAUACUACCUGAGAACCUCUCGGGAACUCAAGCGUCUUGACAGUGUCAGCCGAAGCCCUAUCUAUGCACAUUUCCAAGAGUCACUCGGUGGUAUCACGACCAUUCGGGCCUACAGACAACAACAACGUUUCGCCCAGGAGAACGAAUGGAGGGUGGACGCCAAUCUUCGUGCAUACUUCCCCUCAAUCAACGCGAACAGAUGGCUCGCUGUACGACUGGAAUUUCUUGGUUCCAUCAUUAUCCUCAGUGCAGCUGGCUUCGCCAUUAUCUCGGUGACCACAGGCGUUGAGAUCGAGGACGGUAUGGUCGGUCUUGCCAUGUCUUAUGCCCUGCAAAUUACACAAUCCCUGAACUGGAUUGUCCGUCAAACCGUCGAGGUAGAGACGAACAUCGUGUCGGUAGAACGUGUCCUCGAGUACGCACGCCUGCCAAGCGAAGCUCCCGAAGUCCUUCACCGACAUCGUCCUCCAAUCAGCUGGCCCGCGUCCGGCGCCGUGAACGUCAACAACUAUAGCACCAGAUACCGCGAGGGAUUGGACCUUGUACUCAAGAACAUCAACCUCGAUAUCAAGCCACAUGAAAAGAUAGGCGUUGUAGGUCGCACCGGGGCGGGGAAGUCCUCACUCACCCUGGCACUUUUCCGGAUCAUUGAGCCGAGUGAAGGCAAUAUCAGCAUCGAUGCAUUGAACACGUCAACCAUAGGGCUACUCGACUUGAGGCGCCGCUUAGCCAUCAUCCCACAGGAUGCGGCUCUGUUCGAAGGCACGAUCAGGGAUAAUCUGGACCCUGGCCAUGUCCACGACGAUACGGAACUGUGGAGCGUACUCGAACAUGCCCGCCUUAAGGAUCACGUCUCGAGCAUGAGUGGUGGAUUGGAAGCCAAGAUCCAGGAAGGCGGAUCCAACCUCUCCCAAGGCCAACGCCAACUCGUAUCCCUCGCUCGAGCCCUCCUCACCCCAUCCAACAUCCUCGUCCUCGACGAAGCCACCGCCGCCGUCGACGUCGAGACCGACGCCCUGCUGCAAACCACUCUCCGCUCCCCCUUGUUCAGCAAGCGCACUAUCAUCACGAUCGCGCACCGCAUUAAUACGAUCCUGGAUAGCGAUCGGAUUGUUGUGCUUGAGGCCGGGAGGGUCAAGGAGUUUGAUACGCCAGAGAGGCUGUUGGAGCAGAGGGGGGCGUUUUGGAGGUUGGUGAGGGAGGCGGGGUUGUUGGAGGGGAAUGGUGGGGGGAAUGGUGGUGGGAGAUGAAGUGGUAGGGGGUAGGAGUUGAAGUGAAAUGAAUUGGGGAGAUGGAUGUAGAUUGCAUGAUGGGGUGGGUGUGAGGAUGUGGAUGGAUGCUUGGUAGGAUAGAUAGAUGGUUAAAGAAGGGGUUUUUUGUAUGUAGAUUCCUAAACUUUCGCAGAUGCACAAAAAAUUGAGAAAAUUGAAAUAGUUCCUCUUUGUCCCAUGGUAUCUACCUGCCAACCUAGGGUGGCAGGUAUGGAUGUAAGAAAAUUGAUACUUUCUUCAUCUGUACUUAUACAAAGUGCCUAUCAAAAUACAGUUGAGUUACUGACUGAGUGGAAGCCAAGCCAAGCCAAGCGAAGCCAAGCCAAGCGAAGCCAAGCGAAGCCAAGCGAAGCCAAGCGAAGCCAAGCGAAGCGAUAAAAGCUGUGAACAGAAACGAGCCAGACUCUGGGGUACAGGUACAGGCGCAGUAUGGCGGCAGUUAUGGUCUUUGAUGUGAGAUCUUUUUUUUUUUCUUCGCGCCCCUUUUCAUGUGAACUGAGUAAGAGUUAUACAUUGAAAGGCAUAUUGUGACACUUGGUGUUUGGUGUAUCUUCUCUCCGUGGAGCUGUAAGCCUGUAAUGGUUUGAUUUGUGGGAGGUUGGGAUUUGGUAGUGAAUGCUGGGAAGGCUGGGGCUGGGCGCUUAGAGAUAGGGAGAGAGGUUGUUGCUGUUGCUGUUGGGGUUGGUGUUGCUGUGGGUGUUGCUGCUGGUGUGGUUAUGCUCCUGUUGGUGUUGGUGAUACUUCUGUUUUCUGUUUUCUGUUGGUGGAUGGACUCGGCUAAUUCUGUUGUGUGGUGUUGUGGUGUUGAUGGAUUGGAUGGGAUGCUGUGAUGUGGGAUGUUGGUGGAAGUGAUGUUCGUGAGUGUGUGCUAGGGUGUGUAUGUGGUCCCUGCCUUCCGCCUGCAGGAGGUCUGGAUGCUUGCAUGAGAUGUGGUAUCUGCCG